ACAAGGCCAGCACCGUCCCCCCAUCCACCACCGCAGGCACUCAGCACUCCCCGCAUCGUAGAUCUGCUACUUAUGGCGAAAAAGAAGAGCAAACAGAUCCUUCGGCCCUGGUGCUGGUAUUGUGAGCGGGAGUUCGAAGAUGAAAAAGUUCUAAUGCAGCAUCAGAAGGCCAAGCACUUCAAGUGCAACCUUUGCCCUCGACGUCUCAACACCGCUGGAGGUCUAGCAGUUCACAUCCAACAAGUACAUAAACUGGAACCUGAAAACCUUCCCCGUAUCGAAAAUGCUCUUCCUGGCCGCGACGGCUACGAGGUCGAAAUCUUCGGUAUGGAAGGUAUUCCUGCACCGGACGUCGCCGACUACAAACGUCGCAAGGAGAUCGAGCUUGGCCUGAACCCCGGCACCAUUAGCGCUCCCCCGAAUAAGCGUCCUAAGGUCGAGAAUCGCCCACUGUCCGAAGAGGAGCUGCGGGCCCAGCUUGACGCACACAAAGCAUUGAUGGGUGCGUCUGAGGGUGCACCUCCCGCUGCAGAACAGAGCUCGGCGGCUGUUUAUGGUGCGCCGCCACAGGCGUACACAUCUCCUCCUGUUCCUGCUGUCUCGACUCCUGUUAUGUCGCCUCCCGGUGUGCCAUCAGUGGUCCCUCCAGGUGCGCCCCUUGCUUUUGCCCCACCCUAUCCAGUACCGCCAUUCCCUUCCCCGGGAAUGAUGUCUCUUAUUCCACCCGGUGCGUCCCCUCCGCCAGGUUUUCCCGUUCAUCCUCCUGGCGUGCCUCCCUUCCCACCGCCUCCGGGUAUGCUACCGCCCGGUGCACCAAUGCCUCCCUUCCCUGGCAUGCGACCGCCUUUUCCGCCUCCGCCUUUCAUGCCUCCCGGUGUGCCUCCGCCGUCGAGCUUCACGCCCCAACCCUCGGCCGUUACUCCUCCCGCACAUCCUACAUUUGUCCCUGCUAGUGCUAUACCUCCACCUCCUUUGUCUCCUAGCAUCAUCCCUGGUGCUGUUGGUAGCGUCCCGCUGUCAAGCACGCUCAUGGCGACCCUAACGACAAGCAGCACUCCAGCGCCGCAGCUGAAGUUACCGGAUCCGAAUUUUGAGCAGACGUACGCGCCAUUCAAGAAGCCGACAGUUCUCAAGUGGUCGGAUCCGAACUUCUCUCCUGAGGAACACCGUGCGAUUCAUUCGAAAUAUCAUACCCCGAAGGAGACGACCAAUCAGCAGACGACUGGACAGGCUCAGGAGGCAGAGUUGAGGGGCAAAAAGCGUGCGAGGGCGGAGGACUUCUUGUAGUUAUGUGCGCUUCGGUACUAGCCAAAGCUGUAACGGUGCGUGUGCGCGUUGAUGUUCGCAACGUUGAAGGUCUGUUAGGUUAAUCAUCGGGCUGUGGGCUGCUGUGGGGCUGCGAAGAGGCACGGGAGAGCGGCAAUCGUCAGUCCGUCCCCUCCGUUGUAUGUCUGUCCAUUCUUGAGUGGCAUACUCAUCACUGUCUUCCACUUCGACGUCAUGCAAGUCAUGCAAGGACGGCGUCGGGCAUACCGCUUGUGGUGCGGGACCUUGUCUUUUCCUGUCAAUUUUCCUGUAACUUGUGUAGCUUGCUGCGUGCGCGAAUGCGCUAGACUACGGUUGGUGUCUAUUCUCUGCCUUGUGUCAGGUUGUGUCUUGUGAUGUGGUUCCGUAAAUAUUACUUUUGUCAAC